AUGCAUCCUCAAAAGGUAGCUGUAGUGCUUGAUGAUCAAGUCUGGGCCUACAGUGAACUGACUGAAGAAGUCGAACGUGUAGCGCAUCAUCGAUACCGUUUACACGUCGCUCAAGGACAAAUUGUUUACCAGUUUGUGGAACGAGGACUUGAAAUGAUUUGUGGUAUGUUGGGUAUAAUGUGUGCUGGUGGUGUAUACUGUCUAUUAAAUCCAGCAGAUCAGCAUGAACGUGUUGUUUCAGUUCUCGGUCAAAUAGAUGGUCAAUGUGUUCUACUGCAUGGAAUAACUCGUCAUAAGUUUCCAUCAACAGCUGUUCCACAUGUCGUUCGAUUGGAUGAUAUUCUCGUCCCACUGUUAAGGGUUGAAGAUAUAGACGAUAUUCCAGAUUUUCAAGAGUGCGGUCCUGCAUACAUUGUUUUUACCUCAGGUACAACUGGACGACAAAAGUAG